GCCGCGCGGAAGUCUGGAGCUAAUCUAGUCUGCUGGGUUGCUCAAUCUCCUUGAAAGCUGGCGCUUGUUCCCGCUGUUCCGCUUUAGGCCGCACCGCACACUGCCUUCAGCCCUCAUCGAAUUGGGAGUCAGGGGUUCCCUGCUCUUGGUCUCGUCUCUGACGAGGCUGGCUGCCCUGUUUUCCCUCUUGGCUGGCCUGCUCCCCACCAGCCUGCUUUCUGCCCAUGGCGACGGCCGCUCCGGCCACAGCCUUCGGGCAGGCGGUGAUUGGUCCCCCGGGCUCGGGAAAGACCACUUACUGCCUGGGAAUGAGUGAGUUCCUGCGCGCGCUGGGCCGGCGCGUGGCAGUGGUGAACCUGGACCCGGCCAACGAGGGCCUGCCGUACGAAUGUGCAGUGGACGUGAGCGAGCUGGUGGGGCUAGGUGACGUGAUGGACGCGCUGCGGCUCGGGCCCAACGGCGGCCUGCUCUAUUGCAUGGAGUACCUGGAAGCCAACCUGGACUGGCUGCGUGCCAAGCUCCACCCCCUCCGCGGCCACUACUUCCUCUUCGAUUGCCCGGGCCAGGUGGAGCUCUGCACACACCACGGUGCCCUGCGUAGCAUUUUCUCUCAGAUGGCUCAGUGGGACCUCAGGGUGCGUCUCGUGUGGGGCAGGCCCAUUUUGCUGAUGGAGCAAGUGAGACAGGGAGGAGGACAAAUGCCACGCCCCCAUAUCACACAGCGAGCUGACUGCUGUCCACCUUGUGGAUUCUCACUACUGUACAGACCCAGGCAAGUUCAUUUCAGUACUGUGCACCUCCCUGGCCACCAUGCUGCAUGUGGAGCUCCCCCACAUCAACCUGCUUUCCAAGAUGGACCUCAUCGAGCACUAUGGGAAGCUAGUCACUACCGCCAGCUCAAUGAGAAACUGGUACAGCUCAUUGAAGACUACAGCCUGGUCUCCUUUAUCCCUCUGAACAUACAGGACAAAGACAGCAUCCAGCGAGUCCUGCAGGCUGUGGAUAAAGCCAACGGCUACUGUUUUGGGGUCCAAGAGCAGCGAAGCCUGGAGGCUAUGAUGUCAGCCGCAGUAGGAGCUGACUUCCAUUUCUCCUCCACACUGGGCAUCCAGGAGAGGUACCUGGCACCCUCCGACCAGUCGGUGGAGCAGGAAGCCAUGCAGCUGUAGCAGCACCCUGGGCCCUGAAGAGCAGGGUACAUAACGAGUAGCAGGGAACGUGGAGGCUCCUGAGAAGCAGCUGUCAGCCAGCAGGCUGCAAUCCAUGCACAAGUCCUCGCAGCCAUCGAGAGGAGGCUGGCAAGGGAACACUCAACUCUGCAAAGGACUCUGGACAGAAAGCUGGACCAAGGGCAAGGUGCCCACCAUACUCUUGGGGUGUCCUUAGGCGCUGGGCCCUGGCCCCAGGAAGUGCCACCAGAAAACUGAGAACUAUCUCCAGUUGGGUUGUGUUGCAAAGUGCUAUAAUACAAGAGUUUACUUUCUACUUUUUGUGCCUUCCAAUUUUCUUCAGUCCUCCAGGCCCAGGGCUUGGGGCAGAAGAGGGGGAACAUCACUGUCCCUUCAGAGAGUCCUUGUCCAUACUGGUCAGCAUUUCUCCAGAGCAUAGCAUCCAACCCGCACUCUCCAGUGGCGUUUUGUUAAUGUUCAGUUCUAACAGGAAGCCUCCAGCGGAGUCUUCACAGGUAACGCUUCCUGGCUAGACCAUAUUUAGUAAUGUUUUAUUUCUGUUGUAUUUAUUUCACUUUAUCUUUCUAGCAAGUGUUAACUAGUCAACGUUUAAAAGAUUAAAAGCUUCAAAAAUGAAA